AUGCUCAAGAAACAAGGCAUCGUCAAGAAGGACCCGAAAUUCGACGACAGAAGAUUUCUCCCUACUCCUCAACAAAAAGAAAGGUGCGCAUUAAUAAAAGACGAUGCUGAGGAAAAGCGACUGGCGGAACUUCUUGCGUCCAAGAAUCCAGAAGACAUCGCCCUGGCAAAUGAAAUGAUCAAAACCAUGUACGAGCAAGACAGUUAA